GUAAACUCUCCCCAGAAAACUGCCCGACUGGGGAGAGCUUUAACCCGAGGUGACUCUGCCCAAAACACACCUCGAACAAUACUCGGCCCUAGGAGUCUUCUAAUGAUGGCAGCAUCGUCGCACAAUCCUUUCCCACGCUCACCUAAUCCAUCUACAAGGUCAUAUGACUCGUCAUCCGUAUCCUCAGCGACUUCUCCUCGGCCGCAGGUUCAACUGCUAGGAAACUUGAUGGGUCCCAACGCGAGGUCUAACACCUCACAACCGCCACAGCCCAUAGGAAUUCCCCCGUUACCUCCAGUAACUCAGUCGGGAUUCCAACCGUAUACCCCGGUGACAGCAAAUUCUGCGAUGGGCCGAGACUCGCUACCACCGACCGAGUCGGUAGCAAGUACCCCGGGGCUCUCGAGUGCUCAAUUAUCGGCGAACGUCUCGGCUCAGAAACGCGCCUACCGCCAAAGAAGGAAGGACCCUAGCUGCGAUGCCUGUCGGGAAAGAAAGGUCAAGUGUGAUGCUACAGAAACGACGAGCUGUUCGGAAUGCUCGAGCCGCAACGUCAAGUGUCAAUUUACGAAGGAGACGAACCGGAGAAUGUCGUCCAUAAAACAAGUACAGGACCUGGAAAAGCAGAUAGAAAGGGUGAAGAGGGAAAACAGCAAUCUGCGGCGGACGCUGGCGGAAAGGGGCGAUACCAUGGAUAUUGACGCUGAAGGUGCUGCGCAACUACCGCAGCAGCUGCCCCCUGAUCUAAAUUCUGAGCCUAGGAAACGGAAAAGGGCAGCCCCUUUACUACAGGACCUAUCUCGAGUAAGGCCUGCUUUUCGAAAUUUCUCAAGAGGCGUGCUAAAGCCCCCGGCGCCGUAUCGCCAGGCACAGCCGGCUACUAUUCCGUUCGAUCACCCUAGACCGCCGUUACCUCCUAAAGCGACGGUAGACAAGCUGCUACACACCUAUUACGGGGCGGCGCACAUAAUGAUACCGAUUCUACACUGGCCAACAUUACAGCAUCAGGUAGAAGAGCUCUAUCAAAAUACUACUCAUAUACAGCGGGUUCCCAUAUCGUGGCAAUCUAUGUUCUUUUCGGUACUAGCAGUGGGGAGUCUUUUUAGCAACGAUCCGUUCCCUGAUCGGACGCUAAGGGCGGGCGAGUUCCUAGAGGCAGCGCGAAGUCUGACGGACCCAUGGAAUAACGAAUUCGACCUGGACAACGUCCGAGCUUCGUUUCUCAUCUCGCUCGCUCUAAAUGAGCUAAACCUGAGAUCGGCGGCCUGGAAUUGGUUGGGAAGCACCGUGCGGUGCGCGCAAGAUCUGGAUCUUCACCUCGAAGUGGCUACUGGGGUGCGCUCGAGGGUCGAGGCGGACAUGCGGAGGAGGGUUUGGUGGGCGAUAUACAUACUAGAUCGGAUGAUGUCCAUGGAACAAGGCCGCCCCUUUCUGAUCGACGACUCCGAUUGCGACGUGGCUCUUCCCGAGCCGUUCGACGAUCAUUUUCUCCAUACCGAGGGCCCUGUGCAUCCUGUAAACGCCGCACCUCUCACGCACUUUAUGCACGUCAUCAUCAACAUAACCCGCUCUUUCUCCGCCAUAAGAAGGGCCUUCUCGAGUCUAGUGAUCGAACCCCCUCGAUUAGCGACCUUCGAUAACCACUUCCUCGGCUGUCAGAAGAUGUUCCCGGAAGCCUGCGAGGCUAACAACGUCUCCUUAAUCGCUCCUCAUAUGCUAAUGCCUCUCAGCUAUCUUCUUAGUGCCCGGUUGCUCCUACACCGUCACAACCUUGCGCCGGGCUGCCCCCCAGAAGCUCGAAGCGAUGCUAUACAACAAUGCAAAGCGACGGCGAUAGAAACAGCGAAUCUGAUCGCACGCGUUAAUGUGACCUUGGCUGACGCCGCUACAGCGCUUCUCGCAACGCACAUAUUCCGCUCUACGCUAUUUCUACUCUUUACGGGAUGCUACGAGCUAGCAUCUACAUGUCUAAGGGCUCUGAAGUCGAUCGACGCGCGGCGAGACGUAGUAAUUCCAUGUGGCCGAUUUCUGUCUUUCUUUCUACAGAUCCUAGGGGCCAAGCAGCGCGAACUAUCCAAAAUCCUUCCUCGUUCAACGACGCCCGGAUAUCCUCCACAGGCUGCUAUUCCGGAUCCAAGGGCUAUACAAGACCGCUUGCAACAUGACGAGGAGCUCUUGAUAUACGUUAGUGCGGAUAUGCAAGCCUGCACUGAAACAGCUUGGGUGUGGAUCGGAGCAGAACGUGAGGCACCGUUGGGUAUGCCUCCUUCGCCCAUUGGGGGUGGCAUCGUACACACCGAUAACCGAACGGGUCUGAACGCUAAAGAGAGGGACGAAUGGGGAGGAUGGGAUACUCUAAUAGAGCUUACUAGGAGUCUUGCCACCGUAGCGGCUAGCCCAACACACAACUAUACGUCCCGAACGCAAAUACUACCACCGAUCAAGGUAGAGCCAGGAUCAAGUAUAUUAGGGGGCGGUAUAGCCGAAGUUGGGAGUAACAAGAACAGUCCGACUACAGGGGCCCCGUCAGGAAGUCGCAGCACGGAGAGAAUUAGUAUCGCGAAUAUAAUAUGAUACAACAAUACCCGGGCGGAAAAUGUCUCGUUACGAGGUGAAAGGAGGGGGAGUAAAAGGGGGAGAAAAUUGUUGGGAUGCCAAAAGGAAGACAAAUCCAUUGGACAAACACACCCAACGAGACUACGAAUAUUGACGAACGAGCAAACGAACGAACAAGCGAAUAACACACCGUUUAUUCCAUCUCGACUGUUUUUUUUAUUUUUCGAACGAAGGCGCUCUUGGAGACGUUCCGCAACGCAUUUCACACGACUUGUAUUUUAUACCAUUCUUCGCAUCGCCACGGUAUUACCCAGGUUCUACGUACGAUGCUUUGUAGACAACAGCGAUUUUAAAAGGGGGAAGGGGGAGGGAAACAGGGAGAAAAAGAAAAAGAUUCUCUAAUAUCAUACACAAAACUCCCCCCUUUCCCCCUUAACCAAAGUUUUUUUUUUUUACUUUAGCUUUUUUUUCAUUUUCCGACGCUAGAACUUCCCCAGACGUACGCGAAGACGAAACGAACGAUACCAAGUUAUUCUCUACUGUCACUACUGAUAUUCUUUUCUAUCUUCUUCUUCUCUUCUUUUUUUUUUUAAACCCCCCCUUUUUUUCAUUUUGGUUUGGAGGCGAGCUUUGACAUAUACAUCAUUAGGGGGGAGGGGAUGGGGGGCGGACACUUAUACUUUUUU